AUGUCAUUCACAGGAACCCUUGAUAAAUGCGCAGCAUGUGAUAAGACUGUUUAUGUGGUUGAUUUGUUAACUCUUGAAGGUAUUCCUUAUCACAAAAAUUGCUUCAAAUGCAGCCAUUGCAAGGGAUAUCUUACGAUGAGCACAUACUCCUCAAUGGAUGGAGUUCUCUAUUGCAAGCCACAUUUUGAACAGCUUUUCAAGGAAUCAGGCAAUUUCAGCAAGAACUUUCAAACUGCAAAGUCUUCUGAGAAACAAAACGAGCUGAAUAGGGCCCCGAGUAGGGUAUCUUCUAUGUUCAGUGGAACCCUGGACAAAUGUGCAGUUUGCUCAAAAACAGUCUACCCACUGGAAAAGGUGACACUGGAAGGAGAAUGCUACCACAAGACUUGCUUUAGGUGUGCUCAUGCAGGGUGCCCUCUCACACAUUCAAGCUAUGCUGCUCUUGAUGGUGUCCUCUACUGUAGGGUCCAUUUUGCACAACUUUUCAUGGAGAAAGGGAACUAUAGCCAUGUCCUUCAAGCUGCUGCACACAAGAGGACUGGUUCCUCUACACCUCCUGAGCCAAUUGAGGAGCCAUCACAUCCACCACCAGCUGAUGAUGAGGACCAAAAAGAAGACACCUCUUGA